AUGGACUUCGUUGAUGCUCCCAUCACCCGGCUCAGUUCUCUCCGUUCUUUGAAAACAGUGCCCAGCCUGAGCAGGGCCGAAUAUCGCUCAGGCCGUGAGGCGACUCCUUCUCAGCAAGAGCCUGAUCAGAAUGGGGAUGUCGAAGUUGUGUACGACUCUCAAAAAGUUGCUGAGUUGCUGAAAGCAACACCAACAAAGAGAGGUGACAGUAGUUCUACUGCGCAGAACACCCCCCGUCAGGUCCUCCAUAAGCUCAAGUCCGGGGAUCACGGCUCGGCAGAUAGAGAUAUAGUGGAAAACCUGAAGAAGCAGGUACUUAUUCUCGAAAAGAAGCUGCAGGACCAAGAGUUGAACGGGACCCUGGCAGAAGGGACGAGCGCUCGCCUGCAGCUCAACGAAUUCAAGGCCAGCGUGCAGAAUGGACUCAAGACAGGGCUGCUGGAGCUGGAGCAGAGAUACGAGGCAAGCCACAGAAUCUUGGAGGGCAUGGCCGAGUGCUUGACGGAGGAGCUGACGCGGAUGCAGGAUCACGUCAUGCUGAUGCAAGAACAGAUUGACACCCAGAAGUCCAUGCUGCAAAAGGUUAUCCCAGACAUGCAGAAGAAGAUGGACCACGAAAAGACUUCCUACUCCCUCGUCCAGAAGUCCAUGCGAGACAGCAAGCAGCAGCUUCAAGAGGCUAUCGCUCAACAGAACAAAUCGAACCAGGACCUCCGUGACCGGAUCGAGAUGUUGGAGAAGGAGCAACACGAGAAUAGCCUCAAUCUGUUUGGGAUCUUCCUUCAAGAGACCCUUUGCUGCUGCUUCGUCUCGCGGAGACGAUACAAGUCCCCAAUUUGGGAUCGGGACUAG